AUGACUUGUGGCAUACGGCGAGGAGAAGGAAGGGAAGGGAGUAAGAUGGUAAAGGCCGUUAUUUUUUCACUUUUGUGUCUCCACGUACAUGCCCUCAUGUCGCCUGUCUCUGCGGAAAACGGCUACACUACAGCUGGGCUGCCGCGGGAAAAGCCUCAGGGGCCACAGUGGGGAUACACCAACCUCACUGCCUGGCCCAAGUUGUGCCAGACGGGGAAGCAGCAGAGUCCUGUCUCUUUCUCCGAGCUCCAACCAAAUGAGGUGGUUCACCGCAAAGACAUGGGGCCGCUUGUCUUCUCACGUGACUGCAAGUUUGCGGCGGAGAAGACAUCGCUCAAAAUCGAGAACGAGGUCAAUACGAUAUCGGUGCGUUUUAUCCCCCUUGACGAUCCGACAAAUAAGUUCCCCAGCCUUUGCACGGUCCGUGACCCCACGGACCCGGAUUCACCGGAAUAUCACCUUGUUUCGAUGCAUUUUCACUCCCCCGCGGAGCAUGUCCUUCCCUGCGCAAAUCCAGACGCGGAGCUGCAUCUUGUGUUCGCUCACACGCAGCAGUCGAGGCAGCCACACCUUAUGGUGGUUGUAGUGCAGCUUGUUGCGUCGGAUAAAAUAAAUUCCACCUCCGUUGCGGCACUGAAACAUAUUUUACUAGAUGGCUCGCUUCCUCCAAAACGUGCCGUCACGACGUGCACGCUAACGGAAAACAUGACGAUUGCAGGAUUUCUACCGCAAAGUGGAAGCUACUUUGCUUACAAUGGAUCAUUGACCACACCUCCAUGCACCGAGGGGGUUUUAUUUGUUGUGCUGACAUCUCCUCAGAUUAUCUCCAAAACGGCAUUGGAGCGUUUGGUUGAGGCGUUUCAGCGGGCCCGCCCGGGGAACCACAACGGCAAUCACCGACCAACCCAGCCUCUGAAUGGACGCGUCGUAUACCAUUUUGUUGACAUGCACCACAUGAAUUACUCCAUGUGCAUGAGGGAUAUGGAGAACCACCACACGAACAGUUCUCAAAUGGCAGGCAUGUCGGGUGCAAUGCAGCACAUGAAUUGCUCCAUGUGCAUGAGGAAUAUGGAGAACCACCACAAGAACAGUUCUCAAAUGGAAGGCAUGUCGGGUGCAAUGCAGCACAUGAAUUGCUCCAUGUGCAUGAGGAAUAUGGAGAACCACCACAAGAACAGUUCUCAAAUGGCAGGCAUGUCGGGUGCAAUGCAGCACAUGAAUUGCUCCAUGUGCAUGAGGAAUAUGGAGAACCACCACACGAACAGCUCUCAAAUGGCAGGCAUGUCGGGCGCAAUGCAGCACAUGAAUUGCUCCAUGUGCAUGAGGAAUAUGGAGAACCACCACAAGAACAGUUCUCAAAUGGCAGGCAUGUCGGGUGCAAUGCAGCACAUGAAUUGCUCCAUGUGCAUGAGGAAUAUGGAGAACCACCACACGAACAGCUCUCAAAUGGCAGGCAUGUCGGGCGCAAUGCAGCACAUGAAUUGCUCCAUGUGCAUGAGGAAUAUGGAGAACCACCACACGAACAGCUCUCAAAUGGCAGGCAUGUCGGGCGCAAUGCAGCACAUGAAUUGCUCCAUGUGCAUGAGGAAUAUGGAGAACCACCACAAGAACAGUUCUCAAAUGGAAGGCAUGUCGAGUGAAGAGAUGUCUAUGAUGGAAAGAUCAGCCAACGAGUCAUCCGGCGCACAACUCGCUGGGUUGGCAUCCGAGGAGAACGCGACAAAUACAUCGUCGGCGCCAGCCAAUAAAUGGCCUCAUCAAUUUAAUUCACGCGAGAGGUUGUUUCUUAUCGCCGCCGCCCUUGUUCUUCUUCUUGUGACAUUUAUCUUGUACCGGUGGAGGAAUAGUAGUGCCAGGGAGACCGAAACGGAGUCGCUCUUUCGUUCACACGAAGGAUACGGGACAACAAACCCCUAA